CAGACACAAUGUAUACACAUACAAACAGGCACACACCUUCGCAGCCUCAGUGCGGUGGCCUGACUUACUACAAACAGGAAAGCCUCCACACUCACACGGCUGUCUGCAGUGCACUUGUUACAGAGAUGAUGAAACUUGACCUGGAUUUCUGGCUGUGUAAAGAAUAACCUUCCCUGCUGGAGGCUUUGACUCUAGAGCUGACGGAUCCAAACACAGAGAGGGGAUUUAGGGGUUUGCGCUGCACUGGCGGGAGUCCAGCUCCUGCACUAGAGCUGCUCAGAAGUAACAGUGGAAUACAAAAAAAAAAGGAACAGCGCCUAUUUACAUGGACUGAUCAUGCUACGUCUUUCACCCUAACCUCCCUGUUUCUUCUGGCUGCUCAUUAUUUGCAGCUUCACUCGUGUCCACAAGGGAACUUUUAUCCCUUUAACAGGACCCAUCAGCUCAUCUUGCCAUCCUUUUAUCCAUCUCAUAAUGAACUCCUCUACCUCCAUUACAUCCCUAUUCUCCUUCACCAGCCCGGCAGUGAAGCGCCUGCUCGGCUGGAAACAAGGGGAUGAGGAGGAGAAGUGGGCGGAAAAGGCUGUAGACUCUCUAGUAAAGAAACUGAAAAAGAAAAAGGGGGCAAUGGAAGAGCUGGAGAGAGCCCUCAGCUGCCCUGGGCAGCCUAGUAAGUGUGUGACCAUUCCUCGAUCGCUGGAUGGGAGGUUGCAGGUGUCCCACAGGAAGGGUCUGCCCCAUGUUAUCUACUGCAGGGUGUGGCGCUGGCCUGACUUGCAGUCCCACCAUGAGCUGAAAGCCCUUGAGUGCUGCGAGUUCCCUUUUGGCUCCAAGCAGAAGGACAUCUGUGUCAACCCUUACCACUACAGGCGGGUGGAGACUCCAGUGCUGCCACCAGUUCUGGUUCCACGCCACAGUGAGUUCAACCCUCAGCACAGCUUAUUGGCAAAGUUCAGGAACGCUUCCCUUCACAACGAGCCUCUGAUGCCCCAGAACGCUACCUACCCAGACUCCUUCCCUGCCCUGCCCUGCUCCUCCUUCUCCUCCUCCCCUCCGUCAUCCUUGGCCCAGUCUCCCAGCUCACAGAGUUACCCCAACUCUCCCAGCAGCUCUGCAGAACCUGGCAGCCCAUAUCACAUCACAGCUGAGACUCCACCACCUCCGUACAGCAUGAUGGAGACAAACCCUCAAGAGGAUGUGAAGCCAAGCAACUCCACAGAGACCAUUAAACUCACAUUUUCUGCUCCACACAGAGAUUUAAGGCCUGUUUGCUACGAGGAACCUGAGUACUGGUGUUCCAUAGCUUACUACGAGCUCAACAACCGGGUGGGGGAGACUUUCCAUGCCUCAUCCCGCAGCGUCCUGGUGGACGGGUUCACAGACCCAUCCAACAACAAGAACCGCUUCUGCCUCGGCCUGCUUUCCAACGUCAACCGCAAUUCCACUAUUGAGCACACACGCAGGCACAUAGGCAAAGGUUUACACCUGUACUACGUCGGCGGCGAAGUGUAUGCAGAGUGUCUGAGUGACAGCAGCAUUUUUGUCCAGAGCCGCAACUGUAAUUUCCAGCAUGGCUUCCACACCACCACCGUGUGCAAGAUUCCCAGCGGCUGCAGCCUCAAGAUCUUUAACAACCAGCUGUUUGCGCAGCUUCUCGCCCAGUCUGUUAACCAUGGCUUUGAGGUCGUCUAUGAGCUCACUAAGAUGUGCACCAUCCGCAUGAGCUUUGUCAAGGGCUGGGGUGCUGAGUACCACCGUCAAGAUGUGACCAGCACCCCCUGCUGGAUUGAAGUGCAUCUGCAUGGGCCCCUGCAGUGGUUGGACAAGGUCCUCACACAGAUGGGCUCCCCACACAACCCCAUUUCUUCAGUGUCGUAACAUGAAUGCAAACACAUGCUGUGUGUGUGUGUGUGUGUGUGUGUGUGUGUGUGUGUGUGUGUGUGUGUGUGUGUGUGUGUGCGCGCGCGCGUGUGCGCACAGUCUUUCACACAGGUAGUGAUAGAUUCUGUACAUUUUGCUAUACAGUUUUUCUGUCCUACAUUUGACAUUAGUUACCAAGAUUCACCAAUCAUAACAUUAUGACCACUGACUGGUCAAGUGGAUAACACUGAUUAUCUCUUCAUCAUGGCACCUGUUAGUGGGUGGGUGGGAUAUAUUAAGGAGAAGUGAACAUUUUCUCCUCAAAACUGGUAUGUUAGAAGCAGGAAAAAUGGUUUGAGUGUGUCUGACAAGGGCCAAAUUGAGAUGACUAGAAGACUGGGCAAGAGGAUCUCUAAAACUGCAGCUCUUGUGGGGGUUCCCAGUCUGCAGCAGUCAGUAUGUAUCAAAGGUGGUCCAAAGAGAGAACAGUGGUGAACCAGUAACAGGGUCAUGGAUGGCCAAGGCUCAUCAAUGCAUAAUGCACACGUGGUCCGAUCCAACAGACGAGCUGCUGUAGCUCAAAUUGUUGAAAGGUGUCAGAAUAUACAGUGCAUCGCUGCAGACCAGUCUAAGUGCCCAUGCUGACCCUGUCCAACAAUGGGCACGUGAGCAUCAGAACUGGACCACGGAGCAUUGGACGAAGGUGGCCUGGUCUGAUGAAUCACGUUUUCUUUUACAUCAUGUGGAUGGCUGGGUGUGUGUGUGUCUCUUACCUGGGGAAUACCUGGCACUAUGGGAGGAAGGCAAGCCAGCAGAGGCAGUGUGAUGCUUUGAGCAAUGUUCUGCUGGGAAAUCUUCGGUUCUGCCAUCCAUAUGGGUGUUACUUUGACACGUACCACCUACCUAAGGAUUGUUACAGACCAUGUACACCCUUUCAUGGUAACAGUAUUCCCUGAUGGCUCAAAGAUAAUGCGCCCUGCCACAAAUCAGAAAUAGUUCAGGAAUGGUUUGAGGAGCACAACAAUGAGUCUGAGCUGUUGAUUUGGCCUCUAAAUUCUCCAGAUCUCAAACUAAUCGAGAAUCUGUGGGAUGUGUGAACAAACAAGUCCGAUCCACGGAGGCCCCACCUCACAGAACUUUAAAGAUCUGUUGCUAACAUCUUGGUGCUACAGAACACCUUCAGGGGUGGAGUCCAAGCCUAAUUUAGCUGAAUUUAUACUACAUGUAAUUUGAAAAAUCAAGCGUUCCUAAUUUCAGUAUAAUACAUUUGGCCUCUUCCAAUUCCACUGGGACGCAUCAACUGGACAGGAAAAAUGGGACAUAUCUGGGGGUACUUUAAGAACUGUUGUUACUGGUGUAGUAUGUACUGUAUUUGUGUCGACCAAUGUUUGACUUCACGUGCUGUUUACU